GCCCGAGGGCCUACUUGCGCAUGUGCACAAGCCUUCCCUUGCUUUCCUCUUCGAAGUAGUCUUAACUAGAGUGGACCUCCCGCGCCAUCUCUGCGCCUGCGUACUGUGACCCUGCGCAGCCCAGGAGGCGGGUCUUAGUUCCAGGGCCCGUUCUCUAGUGGCCUAUGUCCCUUGUCCGGGGUCAUGGAGACAUUACGGCCACCACGGCGGUGCCUCUGUCUGAAGAAGGGGAGGUGACCUCCGGCCUUCAAGCUCUGGCCGUGGAGGAUACCGGAGGCCCCUCUGCUUCGGCCAGUAAAGCCGAGGAAGAGGGGGAAGGAAGCCGGGAGGAGGCCGAGCGUGAGGGGUCAAGGGCCGAGGAGGUGCAGGGAGAAGCCCCUAGCGCUGAGGGUGAAGAACAUGCCAAUGGAGAAUCCGAGGACUGGUGCGUGCCCUGCAGCGAUGAGGAGGUGGAGCUGCCCGCAGGUGGGCAGUCCUGGAUGCCACCCCCCUCCGAAAUCCAGCGGCUUUAUGAACUGCUGGCUACCCACGGUACCCUGGAGCUUCAAGCUGAGAUCCUUCCCCGCCGUCCACCCACGCCUGAAGCCCAGAGUGAAGAGGAGAGAUCCGAUGAGGAGCCUGAGGCCAAAGAGGAGGAAGAGGAAAAACCGCACAUGCCUACAGAAUUUGACUUUGAUGAUGAGCCAAUGACACCAAAGGACUCUCUGAUUGACCGGAGACGCACCCCAGGAAGCUCAGCCCGGAGCCAGAAACGGGAGGCCCGCCUGGACAAGGUCCUCUCAGACAUGAAGCGACACAAAAAGCUGGAGGAGCAGAUCCUUCGUACUGGCAGGGACCUCUUCAGCCUGGACGCAGAGGACCCCAGCUCCACCAGCCCCCCACUCCGGUCCUCGGGGAGUAGUCUCUUCCCCCGGCAGCGGAAAUACUGACUGCUGCUGCUGCCUUUAGGAUGCAGAAUGUGGACCUGCUUGGGCCUUGGCCCUCCUUCCCUAACCCAGGGCACUGGGAACCUUGGGAAAAGGAGAGGAACUCCAAGCUCCCAACCACAGCACCUUGCCAGAUAGAGGAUGUAUGUGUGUGUGUUUAUGUUUUCUGUUGAACAUCUAUUUGGACAUGUGUGCUGAAUUUUCUUAAUCUAAAAUAAAAAAUGCAAAGUUA